UGGAUCUCGCGGGCCGUGAUUUAACCGAUUAUCUGAUGAAAAUCCUGACCGAAAGAGGCUAUAGUUUCACGACAACAGCCGAGCGAGAAAUCGUGAGAGAUAUCAAAGAGAAGUUGUGUUACGUCGCCCUCGACUUCGAGCAGGAGAUGGCGACCGCCGCCUCCUCGUCGUCGUUGGAGAAGUCGUACGAACUGCCCGACGGACAGGUGAUCACUAUCGGCAACGAACGCUUCCGUUGCCCCGAAGCCCUCUUCCAGCCCUCCUUCUUGGGUAUGGAGUCGUGCGGUAUUCACGAAACCACUUAUAACUCGAUCAUGAAGUGUGACGUCGAUAUCCGUAAGGACCUGUACGCCAAUACCGUACUGUCGGGCGGCACCACUAUGUAUCCCGGAAUCGCUGAUCGCAUGCAGAAAGAGAUCACAGCAUUAGCGCCGUCGACGAUGAAGAUCAAGAUCAUCGCUCCCCCGGAGCGCAAGUACUCGGUUUGGAUCGGGGGCUCAAUUCUGGCCUCGCUUUCGACGUUCCAACAGAUGUGGAUCUCUAAGCAGGAGUACGACGAGUCCGGACCCUCUAUUGUCCACAGAAAGUGCUUCUAAGCAUUUGCUGUCUCUGUCUGUCUCUCUCUUUCUGUAUCUCUUCUACUCUUUCUAUUCCACACACAUUCUCAACACUCCUUAAUGUAUUUCACAACAAAUAAUAGAUUACUUUAUAAGAGAAUUCCGUUUCGAUUCCAUAUUUAAAUUAUAAUUAAUU